UAGUGUUUUAAUUUAUUUUAGAAAACACUAAACUUAAAACGGAAUAACAGACAAUUAGUUCGCAGGUGCUGUAUUUUAAUUCUUAAUAAACAGGACCUACUUAAAGUACAGCGAAAUGGAAGAGAUAUCAAAACUAAAUUGGUAUCAUGGGAACAUUACACGUCACAUUGCUGAAGCAUUACUGAUGGCGAAUGGUAUGGAAGGAAGUUAUCUAUUACGGGAGGGCUCAAAUGAAGGGACAUUCUCUAUCUCUGUCAGGGGAAGAGAAUCUGUGAAGCACUUCAAGAUAGUGAAGGAGGGAGGUGUAUUUAAGUUUGGCAUCACUGAAUUUGACAGUCUGGAAUCACUGGUAACGCAUUUUGCCAACCAACCUCUACUGGGUGGAAAUUCAGGUACACUAGUACUGCUGAAGCACCCAUACCCUAAAGUGGUUGAAGAACCCGAUAAUUACGAAGACAUUGUUCUACAGUCAACUGUAAGGAGUGGUGCAACUGAAAGAGAUUUGGAGUUCCAAACACAUGCUAAUUCUUUGGCAUCGAAAGAAGGUUUCCUCACCAAGCAAGGAUGGUUUGUUAAAAAUUGGAAAACUCGUUGGUUUGUUCUCGUAAAAAAUGAACUCAGUUAUUACUCUGACCGAGCGAAAGACAAACCAAUCAAGACCCUUAACUUAGAAGAUUGCCAGGGGUGUUGGAAAGAUGAUUCAACCGGCAAGAACUAUUGUUUCAGGCUUGAAUAUCCCGAUAGAACGUGGUAUUUCUAUGCUAAUACUGACGAGGAAAUGAAGGAAUGGAUGGACAUGAUAAAAUGGAAAAUUAAACAAAUCCGAAAGGGAUCAGUAAGAAGCUUCACCUGAUUAUGACAUCAUAAUGGUACGAUUGUCGUGCAAUAAAGAAGCUACUCCUUCAUAUACAAUUGUUGACGCAACAAUUUCACAAAAACUUAAAUCUCAAAAAACUUUUUGUGUAAACGACUCUGAAAUUAUUUUAUAAUGUUUAAUUAUGCCAUAACACGGUGCAUAUACAGAGCACUCAGCACUGCUUACAGUUUAUUAAAGAUUGUUUUAAGUAUUUAUGUACUUGCCUUUUAGCUUUUAAGUGUCUUAAAUACUUAAAUUAAAGACAUUGGCACUGUAUAUUUUAAAGGCACUAUUUUUGUUAAACAUUUGAAUGGUUUUAAAAAAUGGUUUCCAAACUGGAGCUGCUACCAUUAAAUCUCCAUACUUUACGUUGACAAAUGACAAAAACAAAGUUGGAAAAAUUCAAAUUUUACCAAAGAUCGAAUUGUCUCACCACAUGAAAAUACAUAAGUGAAUAUAAUUUGGAUUUUGACAUGUUUUCUGUUUCCUCAAAAGUGAAUUUUUUUCAAUGUUUUACUUAACACCAUAAUAAAGUAUAUCUUAAUAUGUUUGGGUCAAUGGGCAAACUCUGACCUAAAUCCCAGGUGGAUUUCCCACAUAUAGAAUGCAUUAAUAUUAUGUACGUGGUAGUUCUAAAUACACCAUAUUGAAAUGAGAAAUGCAAUUUAUGUAUUUUAUUUGUGUAAAAAAAUGGAUUUCUUUUGCUAUCUGUGUCGAAAAAUUUGCUGUUUUUGUGAAAUAUGUCAAUUAAUUAUUGUCGUUGUUUUCAGAAUAAGUCUUACUGUAACCGAAAUCACCUAUUUUUUAUAUUUUCACUUUUAAGGUGUUGCUCACUUUCAAUGGUCUGCCAUGAAACAUUUCUAUUUUUUCACAACACCAUCAAUUUAGGAACAGUGUCAAAUUAAAAGCACUUUUUGCUGUCUAUACUGCACUUCAGAUCGUAUUAUUCGAAUGUUUGGUGUAAUUAUUUUAUACAAGUUUGCCCAAAUAGGAUUUCUAAUCGUGUUUUUUUUUCGAGGAAACAGUUUAACAAUUUGCAUUUUUUCGUUUUUUUGUGAUUUGUAUUUCUGAGUUUUUUGAAAGUGAAAUUGUUUGGUUAAAGUGCCUUGUUUCUGCUCUUAAUUACUGUCGUCGUCGCCUUUUUAACUCUCACUAACCAGUUACUAAUCUCUGUUUAUACUGCAAUGAUUUGCGCGCUGCGUUUUUUUAAUGCAAAUGCGAUACAUGAGA